UAGGUGUUUUAAAUUGUUAGUGCGAUGUAUGGAAUGUUGUAUGAGAGUGUCCAGCACUAUGUGCAGGAGGAGUACGGCAUGGAGAUUUGGACAAAGGUGUGCCGAAUUGUUGACUGUAAACACAACAGCUUUAAAACACAUCAGAUAUAUCCGGAUAAAUUGAUGCCGGAUAUUGCAGCUGCGUUGUCCGCCUGUACGGGAGAGUCCUUUGACUUUUGCAUGAACUUUUUUGGCAAAUGUUUCGUGCGAUUCUUUAGUAAUUUCGGUUAUGACAAGAUGAUACGCUCGACGGGUCGCUACUUCUGCGACUUUCUGCAGUCCAUUGAUAAUAUUCAUUUAAUCAUGCGUUUCACAUACCCAAAGAUGAAAUCGCCCAGCAUGCAGCUGACCAGCAUGGAUGACAGUGGAGCGGUUAUUUUAUAUCGUAGCGGUCGAACGGGAAUGUCGAAAUAUCUCAUUGGCCAGAUGACGGAGGUGGCACGCGAGUUUUAUGGCCUGGAGAUAAAAGCGUAUGUGAUCGACAGUCAGAAUGAUAUUACCGGAGGCACUGCGGGUCCUAUCAAGCUUACAGACGGACCCCUGACCGUCAUAGUCAAGUAUCGUUUGGACUUUGAUAAUCGGGAGUAUAUGGCCAAGCGUGUGAACACCGAUGCGCAUCCAUCGCAGCUAAGGAUGCCCACAGUUAAUUUGAAUGUGUUUCUCGAGCUGUUCCCCUUUACAUUUGUACUAAAUCAUGAUAUGAAAAUAACGCAUGCGGGCGAAAAAAUUGUUGAGACAUGGAUAAUGCAUAAUCCGGGAGCCAAUCCCAAGGGAUUUAUUGGCGCUCAUGUAAUGGAUCUGUUUUAUUGUCGGCGUCCAAAGGACACCACCAUCGACUGGGAUACCUUGAUCCAAAUGCGAGCAGUCCUUUUUGAAUUUGAGCUCAUACGCACUGGACACAAUCGUGCCGCCUACGAUGCAGUUCUUAACAUGGAUUUUGAGAACUACGACGAUAUGCUGCUAAAUGAAGCUCAGACUAUGGCGCUGGAAAACGCCAAAGAAUUCAGUGAAAAAAAUUCAAAUAACCUGGAUGUAGAGCCUCGUGAGGAAGAAAUUGAUCCUGCAACUGGUGAACGUCGAUCUUCUCAGGGUCUUCGGUCCAUUUUGCUCAAAGGCCAAAUGUUCUACAUCAAGGAUGUUGACUCGUUGAUAUUUUUAUGUAGUCCUUUGAUAGAGAAUCUCGAUGAGCUGCAUAGCAUUGGUUUGUAUCUUAAUGAUCUCAAUCCCCAUGGCCUCAGUCGUGAACUUGUCAUGGCGGGCUGGCAACACUGCUCCAAGCUGGAGAUGUUGUUUGAAAAAGAGGAGGAACGCUCUGAUGAGUUGGAAAAGUCUUUAGAGUUGGCCGACUCCUGGAAGCGUCAAGGAGACGAGCUUUUAUACUCCAUGAUACCACGUCCGAUUGCAGAGCGUAUGAGAAUGGGACACGAGCAUGUCUGCCAGAGCUUUGAGGAAGUCUCCGUCAUUUUCAUAGAAGUCAUGAACAUAUACGACAGCUCAAAUAAUGUCCAAGAAGCCAUGCAGGCAGUUAACACUCUGAACCAGGUAUUCUCCGCAUUGGAUGAGGAGAUCAUAUCCCCCUUUGUCUACAAAGUGGAAACUGUUGGCAUGGUCUACAUGGCAGUGUCCGGGGCUCCAGAUGUUAAUCCCUUGCAUGCUGAGCACGCCUGCGAUUUGGCUUUACGCGUUAUCAAAAAGUUAAAGAAUCAUCAUGAAGCAGAUGUGGCUAUUCGUGUGGGAAUCAACUCUGGUCCAGUGGUGGCAGGAGUUGUUGGUCUGAAGGUGCCUCGGUACUGUCUAUUUGGAGACACUGUAAACACGGCUUCACGCAUGGAGAGCAGCUGCGAUCCCUGGAAGAUACAGUUGUCCAACAAUACGGCAUUGAAGGUGCGAGAGGUGGGCUACAAAGUGGAAUCACGCGGUACAGUCAAGGUCAAAGGAAAAGGCGAAAUGGAAACCUACUGGCUGCUUGCAGGACCUGAUGACAAAUGAUUCAUAUAUAUAUAUAUAUUUAAUAAAGUACAUACUUAUUGUAAUUUUGUUCUAAAAUUCAUACAAUAUGCCUUUGUGUUGAGCACCUGCACUGCAAUUUACUGUGACACUCUUUGAACUUUAUGCAUUGCAAUAAACUUGAAUAUUCUUCACCUU